AUGCCAUACUAUAGAACGGUUACUGCCAAUGCCAAAGGGCGUUGGAUUGGCAAGCCGCUGGAGUAUGUGGCUAAAGAGGUGGGUGCCCUCAAGAUAUCGGGGCCGCACGACAUCGUCCGCAACCACGAUAUAAUAAACUAUGAGAUCCAUGUGCACGAGGCUUACGUUCCGGAUCAGCCGCUGCAGGUCCUCUAUAGCGAUGAUCAAUUGGUGGUGGUGGACAAACCCAGUGGAAUGCCUACACACCCCACAGUCAACUAUUUUACAAAGACUGCUACAGAGCUUUUACGGCCCGAGUAUGGGCCGGUAGUGCCCUGUUAUCGACUUGAUAGACUAACCACGGGAGUGCUGGUUUUGUUUCGCACCGGCGAGAUAGCCGCAGAUUUGCUGAAAACACCUCGGCGGAAAACGUAUUUGGCCAGAGUUUACGGAGACUUUAGUGGCGGAGAGUGCGACGCACCAAUUGUCACCUUCAACGCCAAACGGGGGUUUCAAGCUUUCCUGCAGGCUUUAAAGUCUGCCAAGCCGGCACAUACCAGGUUUCAAGCACUUUACAAAGACAGCAGCUAUACAAUUGUCAAAUGCGAGCUUGAAACAGGACGAACACAUCAAAUUCGAAAACACCUUAGCCUUUUGGGCCAUCCGAUUGUUAACGACGAUCUAUACAAAGACGGGUUGUUCAAAGAGCUUAUGGCCGAUCCUGUGCAGUCAAAUUUCGAUAGAGUUGUACAGGCAUCAGAACUGAGGCGCAGGGAGAAGGAUACAGGUGAGACCUGUCCAGAGUGCGGUGCAACUAUUUAUAAAGAUGUCGAUGAAGCGAUUGACCUCCAUUGUUACGAAUACCAGAUUCAGCAGCACACUUUCAAAUGUCUUCCUUACUGGAUUCCCAAGUCUCUCGAGGCCAUUCUUUGA